CUCCGGUAGCGCCGCUCCCCUCCGCCGCCCAGCGUCCUGACUCUCUUCCCUCCUUUCCUUCAGAGGAUGUCCGCCUUCCAGAUCAACCUCAACCCGCUCAAGGAGCCGCUCGGCUUCAUCAAGAUCCUGGAGUGGUUUGCUUCCAUCUUUGCUUUUGCCACCUGUGGCGGGUUUAAGGGCAAAACCGAGAUUCUAGUGAGUUGUCCUUCUAAGGGUGUUGUGAACAAGACGGCUACAGCGGCGUUUGGAUACCCGUUCAGGUUGAACUGGGCGUCCUUCCACUCAGACUCCAGUGGCACCGUGUGUAAUGUGACGUGGGAAAACCACGUCCUCAUCGGUGACUACUCCUCCUCUGCGCAGUUCUACGCCACCUUUGCCGUCUUCGUGUUCCUCUACUGCAUGGCUGCCCUAGUGCUCUACGUGGGCUACACCAGCCUCUACCGGGAGAGCAGCAAGCUGCCCAUGAUUGACUUUAUUGUUACUCUUGUUGCCACAUUUCUGUGGCUGGUGAGUUCCUCGGCCUGGGCUAAAGCUCUUACAGAUAUUAAGAUAACUACCGGACAGAAUAUUAUUAAGGAGCUUGCUCCCUGUCAGCAGCCACAAGAACCCUUGUGUUACUUUGACUCUGUGACGAGUAUGGGAUCCCUGAAUGUGUCUGUGAUCUUUGGCUUUCUGAAUAUGAUACUUUGGGGAGGAAAUGCUUGGUUUGUGUACAAGGAGACCAGCUUACAUAGUCCAUCAAAUACGUCAGCUUCCCACAGCCAAGGAGGCAUCCCACCCCCUUCUGGAAUAUAACUAAAUACUGUAUGAAAUGUAUGCUAUCCUAUGCUUUGUUGCCAACAUCUUGAGAAGCAUUAUUGUUUCUAAUAAAAAGUAAUGGUUUUUUUCAGUAAAUUGGUGGGUUUAAGAUUUUGCUGCUUUUCUAUAUAAAAUGUGCCUUUUCUAGAAAUGUAAGAUGUAAAUGUAUUUGUACAUGUAAGUUUGAACAUUCAGGAACCUGUUAUGAGAUGAUACUUAUUUUUAAGUGAACAGUAA